CCCAUUUGAGAAUCACUGAUUCAUGUCAUGCUGCCAGUAUAAUCUCAAGUUUUCUAUCACUGUGGGACAGUUGUAACUUUUUAAGCAGUGACAAAAAAUGCAACAAAAAUAAUAGUCUGUGUAAGCUGACAGGAUGAUAUGGAGGGCGUGUUGAAGAUGUGGAAGAUGGACGGCUAAUUCCAGCAAACAAGCAAGCUAACAGCUGACUGCUAACAUGGGGAAGACAUUACCAAGAAUGGACGAUAGAGAGGACGACGGGGAAACGCACUGUUUGGACAAGCUGCAUACUGUAAGUGAGCGUCUUCAACUUCUGAAAUCUGAGGCCUGAACACACCAAAGUUAACUGAGCUGAGAAAAACAGGUGGUUGACAUGACAAUGACCCGGUAUCGCCGAUGGAUUCGGUAGGACACGCGUUAUCCGAGUGUUUUUUAAUGCACUCUGAACAAGAAAUGAACUUAUCGAAGGGGCAAUUGGUGAACAGCAGCAGCGAAGACAACUCCAAGUCAACCUAUAGUAAAUGCGGCGCUGGCGCCUGGAGGAUGCACCAGAGCUACGAUCCACUGGAGGCCAACCACAUGAGAGACGCACAUGCCCUCUACAACCCCAGGCUUCUCUGCAGAAUGUCCAGUAAGGAGCGCCACCUUGACUCCAACUGUCCGUCCUCUUACAUAAAGACUGAGCCGUCUAGUCCUGCCUCCCUGACUGACAGCCUAAACCAUCACUCCCCUGGUGGCUCCAGCGACGCCUCAGGCUCCUAUUCAUCAACGAUGAACGGUCAUCCCAAUGGCUUAGACUCCCCGAGCCUCUACGGCUCCAAUGCAGGGCCCCUGGGUCCUGCAGGCGGCCCCGGAUCGAAGCGUUAUGAGGACUGCUCAUCAACAAUUGGGGAAGACUCACAGAUCAAGUGCGAAUACAUGUUGAAUUCGAUGCCCAAACGUCUGUGUCUGGUGUGCGGGGACAUCGCGUCAGGGUACCACUAUGGAGUGGCAUCCUGUGAGGCCUGCAAGGCCUUCUUCAAACGCACCAUCCAAGGCAACAUUGAGUACAGCUGUCCAGCCACCAACGAGUGCGAGAUCACCAAGAGGAGACGCAAGUCGUGCCAGGCCUGCCGCUUCAUGAAGUGUCUGACAGUGGGCAUGCUGAGGGAGGGUGUUCGUCUGGACAGGGUUCGUGGUGGGAGACAAAAGUAUAAACGCCGGAUAGAUGCUGACAACAGUCCAUACCUGAACCCACAGCUGGCUCUGCCUCCCAAGAAGCCAUUUGCCUUUGGCUGCCUUGCAGAUAACAAAAUCGUCUCUCACCUGCUGGUGGCCGAGCCAGAGAAGAUUUACGCCAUGCCUGACCCAACAGUACCAGACAGCGACAUCAAGGCCCUGACUACGCUGUGUGACCUGGCCGACAGAGAGCUGGUGGUCAACAUUGGCUGGGCCAAACAUAUCCCAGGUUUCUCUACACUAUCUCUGGCAGACCAGAUGAGUCUACUACAGAGUGCAUGGAUGGAGAUCUUGAUCCUACGCGUCGUGUACCGCUCGCUGUCCUUUGAGGACAAGCUGGUGUAUGCUGAAGACUACAUAAUGGAUGAAGACCAGUCAAAGCUGGCUGGGCUUCUGGACCUGAACAACGCCAUCCUCCAGCUGGUGAAGAAAUACAAGACCAUGAAACUAGAGAAAGAAGAGUUUGUCACUCUCAAAGCCAUCGCUUUGGCGAACUCAGACUCCAUGCACAUUGAAGAUGUUGAUGCAGUGCAGAAGCUCCAGGAUGUGCUCCACGAGGCCCUACAGGACUACGAGGCUUCCCAGCACCAGGAGGAUCCCCGCCGGGCGGGCAAGCUUCUCAUGACCCUUCCCCUGCUCCGCCAGACCUCCACCAAGGCCGUGCAGCACUUCUACAGCAUUAAGCAGGAUGGCAAAGUCCCAAUGCACAAACUCUUCCUGGAGCUGCUGGAAGCCAAGGUCUGAGGACGCGAUAGUAGAUGGAAAGACAGCUAGACACCAGUCUGAACCAGCUGAGCUUCAACUUAGACUCUCACUUUGAAUGACCUCUUGCUCUUUUACACACACACAGCCACACACACUGAAAUUUGUCCCUGAAGUUUGUCUGCUGACACAUCCCUCCAUGAAUUAACCAGUAACCUAAACCUCUUACCUGAACCCCAAAACCUCCUCCGUCUGUGACAAGAGGGUGCUAACUUGAAAUGUAUGAUGGGGGAGAGUUUGAUGGGCUGACGAUACGCCCCAAUCCUGAAGGAAGAUGAUAUUUCCUUCAAAACUAUUAACAGUCACUAAACAGUUUCAACAGUGGCUCAGAGCACUGAAGAUGGCAAACACUUAUGCAUUUAAUAACAGUUACGAGGUCAAUGCUUCAAUGAGGACACGUUUAAAAGAAACUGAGAACGCUUCAUUUUAGUCGUGAGAGACUAAGACUGCACUCGUGUCUCCUUUCCCCUCCCUGUUUCCCCCCACAGAAUUUUUUAAGUGUAAAAGAAGAAGAGAAGUUGGGAUAAGAAGAACACUAAAGAAGUAUUAAAGACAUUUCUUUUCAAAGUACAUGUAGAAUGAAAUAUGGACGGAUGAACAGGAAGAACAAAAAGAAAAGAAGAGGAGAUUCGCCCUGCCAAAGAAUGGAGUUCAUCCAUUCAGAGGAUGCCAGCAAACUUUACUGUCAUAACCCAAAACAGUUUCUGCUUUGAUCUACGAGUGGCUUUCAGUGCUGGGCCUUGAGAGAGCUGCUGGUUUUUAGUUCCUCCAGUUAUUUCAGAUUUUCUGGUUCUGAUGAAAAUCAGCAGGGCUCAGAGACCAGGCUUGAAAAACACUCUGUGAUUUCCCCUCAAUUCAGUUCCUGGUAAACGAUGCCCCCCCUACUUUCACUACUACUUAGCUAUAUGUUGUAUUUGUCAAGAACCAGCGACCCUGGCCUCCCAAACCUUACAGUAUUACCACAGUUUUAGUGUUUGCACACUUAAUGAGCUGAAAAUGAUUUCAAAUAUACUAACCACCGGAGAGUUCAAUGAAAACAAACAGAUGUCGAGAUGAGACUUGAUCUAUGCUAACAAACCCUAUCCUCGUGCAGCUGUUGAAGGCUCAGCCCACAGUCUCUGUGAUGCUGUCUAUUCAGUCCAAUGUUUCUCUUGAGUUUGGAUGUCUGUUUGAAACAUUUUCAGCCCCCUGGUUGCCCAGGUUUGUCGCUGUCCACACACAAGUCAGAUGAGAUUUCUGUCCAUAAAUGUGCCAUGAAGAAUAGUCCAGCCCACGCUCAUUACCCAAACUCCAAAAACAGCAAACCGGCACUUCAGAAUUUCCCUCCUUACUCCACUGCAUUCACACCUUCCAGCUCAUCUCUGAAGGCAGAACUGAGAUGUUUUCUGUGAUUCAUUCGGGGAGUAAUGAGGGAGCUUGAGUCAUUCAUCGCAAUACAAACCAGAAGGAAAGGUGUGCAGAAAAAAUCUGACUGAAGAACAACUAUUGUUGCUUUGAAACUCCUUAUUUUUCUCCUUUAUUUCUAUCUUGAAAAUAAUCUUAGCGAUGAUAAUACCAGUAUUAGGGUUGUAAAUAACAGUCAUCCUGUAUAUGACAUAUAACACGGCUUUGUUUUUGUUAUUAAUACUGUCUUCUUAAAACUGAAUCAAUCAAUAUGUCUUUCCUUUAUUUUCUAUC